ACCCUGCUGACCUAGUCCUAUAUAAAAAAAGAUACCUUCUCCUCUCCAUUAACCAGUAAUCUCAAUCACAAACUAUUUCCCCCCCUUCGUUCAUCAAAUCCUCAAGAGAAAAAAAAAAUCCCCAAAAGCUUCCUCAAAACCCUAACACAGAUCUCUCGAUCUUCUCCGAUCUGUCUUUUCUCCUAAUCUGGUUUAGUUUGAUUUUAUUGGAUUGAAGAUGUCAGACGCUUUGAAUAUGACUCUUGAUGAAAUUGUGAAGAAGAGUAAGAGUGAAAGGUCUGCAGCUGCAAGGUCUGGAGGUAAAGGAGUUUCCCGUAAGAGUGGACGUGGACGUGGUGGACCUAAUGGUGUUGUAGGAGGUGGAAGAGGAGGUGGACCUGUUCGUAGAGGUCCUCUUGCUGUUAAUACUCGGCCAUCAUCAUCCUUCUCCAUAAACAAGCUUGCCCGCAGGAAGAGGAGCUUGCCAUGGCAGAAUCAGAAUGAUUUGUAUGAAGAAACCCUUAGAGCUGUUGGGGUAUCAGGAGUGGAAGUCGGAACCACAGUUUAUAUUACCAACCUUGAUCAGGGAGUGACAAAUGAAGAUAUAAGGGAACUCUAUGCUGAAAUUGGAGAGCUGAAAAGAUAUGCAAUUCACUAUGACAAAAAUGGGCGUCCAAGUGGAUCGGCUGAAGUUGUGUAUAUGAGAAGAAGUGAUGCAAUUCAAGCUAUGAGGAAAUACAAUAAUGUACUUUUGGAUGGAAGGCCUAUGAAACUGGAGAUUCUGGGUGGAAAUACUGAAUCUGCUCCUGUCGCAGCUCGUGUUAAUGUGACUGGAUUGAAUGGAAGGAUGAAGAGGAGUGUCUUCAUUGGACAAGGAGUUAGAGGUGGGAGAGUAGGAAGAGGAAGAGGUUCAGGUCCUUCUGGGAGACGCCUUCCACUCCAACAAAACCAACAAGGUGGUGUGACAGCUGGUCGAGGCGGGUUCCGUGGUAGAGGCCGGGGUAAUGGUGGUGGCAGAGGGAAUAAAAGCGGUGGGCGAGGUGGAAAGAAGCCAGUGGAGAAGUCUGCUGCGGAUCUCGACAAAGAUCUCGAAAGCUAUCAUGCUGAAGCUAUGAACAUCUCUUAAACAGAAGCAAGACUUCGCAUCUUGUCAUGUACUUUUGUGUUCUUUAUUCUUAGUCUCUGACUAAAUAUGUGGCAAAGUCUGGUUUGGUUUAAUUACGUUUAGGAUGGCUCUACUCUGCUUUUAUUUUCCUCUUUUCUUGUUUCACACUUUCACAGUCACUUUUGGUUAUUGAAGUUAAAAGAGAUUUAGCUGUAAAUGAGAAAGCUGUUAUUGUUAGUUGGUUGAAUCUAAUAAUAUACGAAAAAAUCUUUUAGUCAA